CGUGGUCCCACUGGUAUUCUUAUACUCAGUACACACACUCUCUCACCCAAGUUAGUCCGAGAAAAAUGUUCGCUUUACGUGCUGCCUCCAAAGCCGAUAAGAAUUUGCUGCCAUUUUUGGGGCAAUUGUCUCGUGGCCAUGCCGCCAAGGCUGCCAAGGCAGCGGCCGCUGCCAACGGAAAAAUUGUGGCCGUAAUUGGUGCUGUCGUUGACGUGCAGUUCGAAGAUAACUUGCCCCCGAUCCUGAACGCUCUGGAAGUCGACAACCGGUCUCCUCGGCUUGUGCUGGAAGUGGCCCAGCACUUGGGAGAAAACACCGUGCGUACCAUUGCUAUGGACGGUACUGAGGGCUUGGUUCGCGGACAGAAGGUUCUCGACACUGGGUACCCAAUCCGUAUUCCAGUCGGUGCCGAAACAUUGGGGCGCAUUAUUAAUGUUAUUGGCGAACCCAUCGAUGAGCGUGGACCAAUCGAUACCGACAAGACGGCUGCUAUUCAUGCUGAGGCUCCUGAAUUCGUUGAGAUGUCCGUGGAGCAAGAGAUUCUUGUUACAGGAAUCAAAGUCGUUGAUCUCCUGGCUCCCUAUGCCAAAGGCGGUAAAAUUGGAUUGUUUGGCGGUGCGGGCGUCGGUAAAACUGUGUUGAUCAUGGAGCUUAUUAACAAUGUGGCUAAGGCUCAUGGUGGAUACUCUGUUUUCGCUGGAGUGGGCGAGCGCACCCGUGAAGGCAACGAUUUGUACAAUGAGAUGAUUGAAGGUGGUGUGAUUUCCCUUAAGGACAAAACGUCGAAGGUGGCUCUGGUUUACGGCCAGAUGAAUGAGCCCCCUGGCGCCCGUGCCCGCGUUGCCCUGACUGGACUGACUGUUGCCGAGUACUUCCGUGAUCAAGAAGGACAGGAUGUCUUGCUUUUCAUUGACAACAUUUUCCGGUUUACUCAAGCUGGCUCCGAGGUGUCCGCUUUGUUGGGUCGCAUUCCCUCUGCCGUCGGCUACCAACCAACUUUGGCCACUGACAUGGGCUCUAUGCAGGAGCGUAUUACCACAACCAAAAAGGGGUCGAUCACUUCUGUCCAGGCUAUUUAUGUGCCCGCUGAUGAUUUGACAGAUCCCGCUCCAGCCACAACUUUCGCUCACUUGGACGCCACCACUGUGCUGUCGCGCGCGAUUGCCGAAUUGGGAAUUUACCCUGCUGUGGAUCCCCUGGAUUCCACUUCUCGAAUUAUGGACCCUAACAUCAUUGGACAAGAGCAUUACAACGUUGCUCGUGGCGUGCAAAAAAUUCUGCAGGACUACAAAUCUCUUCAGGAUAUUAUUGCCAUUCUGGGUAUGGAUGAGUUGUCCGAGGAAGAUAAGCUUACAGUUGCACGCGCUCGCAAGAUUCAGCGUUUCUUGUCGCAGCCAUUCCAAGUUGCUGAAGUCUUCACUGGGCAUGCUGGUAAACUCGUUCCGCUCGAACAAACUAUUAAGGGCUUCUCACAAAUUCUAUCUGGAGAGUAUGACCAUCUUCCCGAAGUUGCUUUCUACAUGGUCGGCCCAAUUGAAGAAGUGGUAGAGAAAGCUGACCGUCUAGCAAAGGAAGCUGCCUAAGUAAUGGUACCGGCAAAAUCUUCAAAGUCGUAUUAUCCGCUAAUAAUCAAUUUAAUUUUGCAUUGAAUUGUAAUCAACUUUGUAACAUCAAGUUUGAUUUUAAUACACGAGAAGAACUCAAUAAAACCUAUUUAAACCUUAA